AGGCUAUUGUGCAAUUCAUUCAAGGGAUUGGAUAGAUACAUUGGUUUAAUAUUUAUAAUUAAAUUAAAUGGAGGUGGAGAAAAAAAAGAGAAACCAUACAAGAUCUUUGUGGUCCUCUUGUUGCAGCAAUUGGAAUUCAAAAAAAUCAUCAAUUGAUGAAAUUGAUUUGGACAAUUCAUCAAAUCCAAGGGUAAUGAAAGAAAGGCCUGGGUGGAAGGGAGCUAAAUAUAUCUUAGGAAAUGAGACAAUUGAGAGGAUAGCAACAUAUGGAAUGCAAGGAAAUUUCUUAGUGUAUUUGUUGAAUGUGUUUCAUUUGAGUCAAGUUGGUGCUGCAAAUAUUAUAAGCCUUUGGAUUGCAGUGAGCAAUUUGAUACCAAUGAUUGGUGCUAUUAUUUCUGAUGCAUUUUUAGGGAAAUUCAGAACCAUUGUUUUGGCUUCAAUUGGAACUCUUGUGGGAAUAGUGAUAAUAACACUAACAGCAUGGUUACCACAACUUCAUCCACCAACUUGCAAUCAUCAUCAAGUGUGUGUUGCUCCAACAAGUUUUCAUCUUUCCAUCUUAAUUUUUGGCCUAUCUUGGCUAGCUAUAGGGACAGGUGGAAUAAGACCUUGUGCUAUUCCCUUUGCAAUUGAUCAAUUUGACACAAAUACCCUUGAAGGAAAAAAAGGUGCAAGUAGAUUCUAUAAUUGGUACUACACAACACAAACAUUUGUUAUGUUGAUUAAUGCAACAUUGAUAGUUUACAUGCAAAAUAAAAAUUGGGUUGUGGGAUUUGGCACACUAGGCUUACUCAUGUUGUGUGCAAUAAUUAUAUUUCUAGUUGGAAAAAGUGCUUAUUUUUUUAUUUCAGCUGAGGGGAGUAUAUUUUCUGGCAUUGCAAAAGUGAUUGUUGCAGCUUAUAAGAAACAUCAACUUCAAUUUCCUUCAAAGGAAGGGGAAUGUGUUUACUAUGAUCCACCACUUGAAGAUGUUAAAGCACUCAAAAUGCCUUUAACUAAAGAACUUAGGUGUUUAAACAAAGCAGCUAUGAUACAAGACAAUGAAAUUAAUCCUGAAGGCAGAGUAACAAAUACAUGGAAUCUUUGCAGCAUUCAACAAGUUGAAGAAUUAAAAUGUUUGAUUAAAAUAAUUCCAAUUUGGGCUUCUGGAUUUCUUGGUGCAAUACCAAUAGUACAACAAGGAAUAUUUCCUAUAACCCAAGCCUUGAAAAUGGACAGGCACAUUGGAUCAUUUGAAAUUCCUGCUCCAUCAUGUAGCAUAGUUACCCUAAUUACCAUUGCUAUAUGGCUUCUAUUCUAUGACUUCUUUGUUCAACCAGCUCUUGCAAAAGUCACCAAACAAGUUGAAGGGAUAAAAAGCCUUCAAAAGAUUGUUAUAGGUAAUAUUUUCUCAAUUCUCGUAAUGGUGAGUGCUGGCUUGGUUGAAUGGUAUAGAAGGAAUAUGGCUAUCUCAAAUACUUAUGGAACCAAACCAAUAUCUGCAUUUUGGCUAGCUCCACAAUAUAUCAUGUUAGGAUUUUGUGAAGUUUUUUUAUUAAUUGGGUACAUUGAAUUCUACAAUAGUGAAUCACCUCAAAAAAUGAAAAGCAUAGGAAAUUCUUUGCACUAUCUUAUGUUGGCAUGCUCAUCUUAUGCUGGAGUAUUGGUGAUCAACAUUGUGAAUAAAGUUACUCAAAGGAAUGGUGGAAAGGGUUGGCUUAAUAAUGACAUCAAUGUUGGAAGAUUGGAUUACUAUUAUUUUUUAAUUUCAGGAUUAGGUGCAAUUAAUCUUGUUUAUGUCAUAUUUUGUGCUAAACGAUAUCGUUACAAGGUUGUUGUGAAAGCGGAAGUUGCUGACUCAAUUUGAGCUAUAUUGCGUAUGUUUAAUCAAUAAAUAUAAGAAUUUACAUAUCUUAUGAAUAGAAAGUACUGCUGUUAACCGAUAAAUACCGAAAUUAUUAGAUUGAACAUUUUUAUUUA